AUCAUUUCACGUUCACAACUGACUUGAAGUUUCCCCAGAAGUACUUGAUGAACAACACCUGGUGGGUGCCGGGGGGACCUAUCUUCUUCUAUACCGGGAACGAGGGGGUUAUCGAGGCGUUUGCGGAGAACUCCGGGUUCAUGUGGGAUAUUGCUCCGGAGUUUAAUGCGCUACUUAUCUUUGCUGAGCACAGGUAUUAUGGAGAAUCUUUGCCGUUCAAUGGUAACUACAGCAAGGAUCCCCACAAGCUCGGUUAUCUGUCUUCUGAAGAAGCAUUGGCUGAUUUUGCAGAGCUGAUCUCAUUUUUAAAGGCAACAAUACCUGGCGCUGAUAAAUCACCAGUAAUUGCCUUUGGUGGAAGUUACGGAGGAAUGUUGGCUGCCUGGUUCCGAAUGAAAUACCCAAACAUCUGUGCUGGAGCAAUCGCUGCCUCGGCACCCGUGGCGCAGUUCACGUCUCCGUGUGACGCCUUCGGCAGAAUUGUAACUUCAGAUUUUACAGCGGCUGCACCUAAUGGAACCUGUUCUCAAACUAUUAGAAGCUCCUGGGCAGCUUUAGACAGAGUAGCUGAUAAGGCCAAUAAUACAGGUUUGGACUGGUUAAACUCCAAGUGGAAGCUGUGUACUCCUCUCACAAGCAAAUCCAACAUGACAGGUCUAAAGGACUAUUUGAGUAAUCUGUGGACUAAUCUAGCAAUGAUGGAUUAUCCAUAUCCAACAACAUUCCUGGCCCCUCUUCCUGGAAACCCGGUCAACGCAGCGUGUAGUAAGAUGUUGGGCAACUAUAGUACAGAUGAGGAGCUCCUAUCCCAUAUCUACUCUGGUGUAUCUGUGUACUCUAACUAUACUGGACAAUCCACCUGUCUUAAUAUUGCGGAGGAAGAUAAUAUUGGUGCAGACAUGUGGUACUACCAGGCCUGCAGUGAGAUGGUGAUGCCCUUCUGCUACGACGGGGUUAAUGAUAUGUUUGAGAGCAAGGGCUGGGACCUUGAACAGUUUUCCAAGGACUGCAAAGAGACCUGGGGUGUAGAACCUAGACCAAACAUGGCAAAUCUUAUUUACGGUGGACGAGAUGUAAGUUCAGCAUCUAACAUCAUAUUCAGUAAUGGAUUAUUGGAUCCCUGGUCUAGCGGUAGUAUUCUUAAAUCCUACGGUUCUAUUGUAUCCAUCAAAAUACCAGAAGGGGCUCAUCAUCUUGAUCUAAGAGGUUCCAAUCCUCUGGAUCCUGUAUCUGUAGUCUCGGCUCGUAAGAUGGAGAGAAAAUAUAUCAGAAAGUGGAUAAAGCAGAGUAAUGCCGUGGAAAAAUCUAGAAGAUAUAAUUUUAACAAGUCCUAGAUCAGAAUGUGUCCUUCUGUGCAAGAUCUAGGAUUAUAAUUACCAUAUUAUGCUAGAUUUAAACCUCAAGGUUAUUAAGCAGGAGUAUCUGAAAAUGAAUACUGAAGUUUCGAAUUUAUUAUUUUAUGAUAUUAAACCAUUUUGUAAUGUAACUGUGCCAAUUAAGCCCAAAAAAAGCAUUUAAA